UGGGUGCAACUGCAGCGACUAAUUUUGGUAAAAAAUUGCUUAAAAUUGUUUGAAUUUGGAUGUUUUUUCUCUUCUAAUUUCCCUAUCUGGAAAGGCUGCUUUUGUAUGAGUUGAAUCAGCUGUGAUAGUCGCAUCGUAUAGAAGAACCAUGCGUCUGUUUUCCCGUUAUUACGCGGCGCAAGCGGUGGCCAGCACGGCCGAGGAGUGCGGAGUGCCAACCAAGAGCCAGCAGCAGCGUCUCCCCAAACCACAGCUGCGCAAUACCCUGGCCACGGCCACCAAGAAACACGCCAUCAUCUGCUUCGCGGUGGCCAUUACGGCGUGUCUCAGCUAUCGCUACUUUAUUGGGGAGCCACGCAAGAAGAAAUACGCAGAAUUCUGGAGAACCUUCGACUCGCAUGCGGAUUUUAAGCGAAUGGUGAAGGCAGGCGUGUUCGAGAACAUCACUAUGGCCGACUUUGACGAAUAUGAACAGGACUUACUGAAGAAGCUGAAGGAGCGCAAGGGAUAAAAAGGCCGUUGGAAAAUAGCGGAUGAAUGGCUUUUUCCUGAAGUAUAAUCACGGAAGGAUUGCCAGAUUUUAACGUUGCAUUUGUGUGGUGCGUGACGCUUCGUGGUGUGUUUAUUCAGGCCGUUUUAUUUUAAUUUGUUUGUUCGAAAGAGUUGCGAUUGUACAGCUGAUCAGUUUCACUUCGAAAUGGGUGAAAUGUAACCGGAAAUGAAAUAAAGACGAAAGUCUGUUUACGAA